AUGAGCACCCUCGCCAAUCUGGCGCCGCGUCGUCGUGGUAAGGGCAGAAAGAAGGAAGAGAAAAAAGAGACUCAAGCUCCAGUCACUCCUUCGCUGCCUGCGAAUCGAAGCGGACCCGCCCACCCAUUCAGCUACCCUAAUCCAGGCGGCAACACUGAUCCAAAUAACGACCCCUUGGCUAACGACUUGCUGGAGACCACCAUCUACCAUCAUCCAAACGGUUUGCGCAGUCACCCGUCCGUUCUCCUCUGUGGAACUGAGCCGAUGGCUAUCGCACCAAUGGUAUCUCCUGAUGUGCAAUCCGAAGCGCCUUCGACAUACCGAAUCGUCAAUCUUCCAUCGGAGGAUUUCUCCGCUCAUUGCCAAUCUGACACCCAGGUUGUGGGAACUGAAGAGGUUGCUCCGGCUAUCCCUGCAAAGUCCUCACGACGCCAAUGUGGUAAGCCGGAGAAGAACGUCGAUAGCUUCGUCGACACCGAGAAUCGCCCUGCAAUUCUCAAGUUCCCGCACUCCAAGACAACGAUGCUCGACCCUGGCAAUAGACAUCCUCUGGUUCUGCCUUCCUCUACAACGGUUCCACUCACAUACGGUGGAUAUUCUGAAGAGGAUUAUGCUGAACAGGUUGCUGUCUCCCGGGCUAUUGUCGCCCAGGCUCUUGCCGCGCGGGCUGCUGUCGAAGAGGAUGUGGUCGCCCAUAUGCUUGGUCCAGAGAAUGAUCCUAUAUCAGCCUUGAUCAACCCCAACUUGGUCGAUGAAAAGACCAAUGCAAUGCUGGCUCACACCAAAGCCCUGAAGCCCCCCGGCUCAGAGAAACCCACGCUUCCUUCAUCAAAGACUUCUUUGUUUCUUCAGAACAAGGUCGUCUCCAAGGUUCGCCACGUAUUCGAAUCCAUCUUGCCUAAGCCUGCAACACCGGAAUCAAAGAUCAGGGGCAAGAUCUCAGCGCCUAUUGGGUUGACCGCCUGCGAUCUGCCUAACCCUGCAGCGCACUAUCACCUCGAGGAGGUCGAAGUCGAAGUCGAAGAGGCGUCUAUCGUCAGCUCCAUCGAGCUUCGUCUCAACGAGGGCAACAACCUGCACAACCACAAGGUCCAAAGCAUCGUUGGCGAUCGCAUCGUUCGCAAGGCGGUGACUGACGACGAUAGUUCGCUUUGCAGUAGCGAUUCACCAGAAGAUCCCUUCUCCGGGGAGUUUGAAGUCGCAAAUCGUCCGCCCACUCCUUUUGAGCAUCGCCUCAAGAGUAGCCUCGACUCUACUGGUGUCCCUCCGGUUCCGUCUUUGAAUCCUUUUGACACUGAGAAGGACUUCGAUGCCGACCUCGAGGGAAUGUUGUCCGAGAAGCCUGUCUGCGCUUCGACCCCGCGUCGACCCGACCGGAAGGCAGCUCCUGCCGAAAGCCCUUCCAAGCGGUAUGCAAAGGCUGACGACCGUCACCUCGCGUCCAUCAACGACACAGAGGGAGGCCCUAGUGCUCCCGGCCCUACUCCGAGAAAGUUGAAGCUAUCGGGCGGCUGGAGACUCUUCCGCGAUCAGCCUGAGCCCAACACCAAGAAACACCCGUCGCCCAGCAAGGAGGAUCUCGAAGACUACCAAGAUCAACUUCGUGGAAUGGUCAUCGAGGAGAUGGAGAAGAAGCCCGAGCAGCGGGAAGAAUUGAGAACCAAGUGGGAAGGCGUCCUCGCACCGGCUGCCCUGGGCACCAAAGAUGUGAACGCCGCGCUGAUGUCGAGCGAGGCCAAGCAGCCUGUCGCAAAGCCUACUGUCAUUAUCGGCGAGGCCAGCACAGUCUCUCUGCGUCGAUACAAUCGCGAAGAGUUCACCCGCAUCACGACGACUACUUCCCGAAUUCCUCGGCCUUCUCCUCGGUACACUACAUACAAUCGACCCUCGAACUUCGAUGCGCUGGAUAUUGACGAGUUGCAGUAG